UUUUUGAUAUCUGUAAACACUUUUUUUAUCUGUCACUCUUGGGAAAACAGAAAUAAAGAAAAGGCGAAUUGUUGGAAAUAAUAAUGGUGUUUUAAUUAAUAAAAUCAUCCAAACAAGAAAAGAGAAAGUCCUAGAUAAACUCAGUUUUUUACACGUGGCGACCCUGCUUAAAAAACCAGAAAAAAGGCUGAGAUGGCGGAGGAAAAAGGAGAUAUCCCAGAUCUAAAAGCCAAGGUGAGGACAGUCUCGAGACGCCAUUUUUCUAAAUCUGCAAAUGUGUUAGAGUCUUUAAUAAAUGCUUGUCGCAUGGACGUCAGCAAACAAGAAGAGAUGCAAGCAUGUCAUAGAGUUGUGAAAGAUAACUACAUUCAACUCACGAAUUACGACACCGAAAUUCAGCAUGCAAUCAUUUCAUCGGAGCCUUUCGAUGAGGUUCGGUUAGAAAAUGAAAUAUCUGACGCUGGAAAAUACCGUGCAAGGUGGAGCUUACUUGACACCAAGUACAGCAAUUUAUUAAAAACAUUCACGAAAUCGAACCACGAGGCAAAUGAAAAUAGACGCUUCAAACUACCAACGUUAGAUGUCAAAAAAUUCGACGGCCACAUAAAGAAUUGGUUACCAUUCUGGGGUCAAUUUAAGAAAAUCGAUGCUGAUGAUUCCAUUGACGAAUGUGACAAACUGCAAUAUCUGUGCCAGAGCAUGGAACCCGGCACAGGUGUAAGGAAGUUUGUCGAAAAUUUUCCCAUUCAACAAAAAAGCUACAUAAGUUGCUUGGAGGAACUAAAAUCGAGGUAUGCCAGAGAGGACUUACUUAUACAGCUGUAUGUUAGAGAGUUGUUAACACUGGUUUUGAAGAAGGAGAACAAUUUAACCUAUUUGUAUGACAACAUCUGCAGCCAUCUUAGGUCCCUUGAAGUUCUAAAUGUUACCAGCGACAAAUAUUCACCUUUCCUGCUGCCAAUUGUGGAGUCAGCUCUACCCUCUGAUAUUUUAAGAGUUUGGGAGAGACAGAAGCCUGACAAGGUAGGUGAUGAACUCAGCAGUCUGUUGGAAUUUAUUAAAAAGGAAGUAGAGACCAGCCAACGCAUUACACUGGCUAAUGAUUUUGAUGUAACUUCCACUAAAGCUGAACCAACAGCAGCAUGCUUGACAGUUAAUAAUCAACCUAUGGCCAAGAAGCAGGUUGAAUCAAAAUGUAUUUUCUGUGAUCGAGGACAUCCAAGCACUGAAUGUUUUAAAGUAGCAAAUAUGUCUGUGGAAGAACGGAGAGAAUUAUUAAGAAAGAAAAAAGCAUGUGCAUUGUGUUUAAAAAUGGGACACCAUGCGAAACAGUGCAGAAGCUUUGUAAAAUGCUUCAUUUGCAAGCAAAGACAUUCAGCUUUACUGUGUACCGGCAGACAGAAACCUAAUGAAGAGAAAGUUCCAGAGCCUGCAACUACAGUUCAGAAUUACUCAGCUAACACUACUUCAGUGACUACACUUCUUCAGACAGUUGCUGUGAAUAUCUGCCAAGGAGAAGAGUCAGUGACUGUCAGAGCAUUAUUCGACAGCGGUUCACAACGGUCAUACAUCAAGGAGGAAGUGAUGAAGAAGCUUGGAGUGCAACCAGUGGGAACUGAAGGACUGACACACUCUUUGUUUGGUGGUAAUAGUAUGUCAUUUAAGAAUUAUAAUAAUUAUGGUAUAACAGUACAAAGCAUUGAUAAAACUUUUAAUGUAAAUUUAACGGCCUUAGGCCAAGAAACAAUUUGUAAAAAUGUACCUAAAGUCAAUAUGAAUAAUAAAACGUUAUGUGAAUUGUUGAAAAGAAACCAAAUCAUAUUGACAGACAUAAAUGAGAGUUCAGACAUAGGUCUUCUGAUAGGUGCUGAUUAUUCAGGCUUGUUACUCACUAACAAUUUUAUACAGCUGGGGUCUGGUCUGACUGCAAUUAAAACAAACCUUGGAUGGACAUUACAGGGUAAGAUUCAGGAUGCAAUAAUAAACACGAAUAUGGUUUCUUCUUUAUUAUGUUUGCAGAGUGUACCAGAUUUUUGGAAUCUUGAGAUUUUAGGCAUUCAAGACCCGGUACACAUACAAUCCAAGCAGAAAAAGGAAGAAGAGGUCCUGAAGAGUUUCGAAGACAGUGUCCGAAGAAAUGAGGAGAACAGGUAUGAGGUGCAGCUUCCAUGGAAAGAUGGACAUGAUUCUCUACUGGACAAUCGUGAGAUAGCCUUUCGACGUUUGGAAUCUGCAACAAAUAAAUUAAAAACAUGUGGUAAGUUCCAAGAUUAUAACGAUAUUUUACAGGAAUGGGAACGUACUGCCAUUAUUGAACCUGUACCUCCUACAAGCAAUAAGAAGAGUAAUGUACACUACUUACCUCACAGAGCUGUAUCAAAGGAGUCAAGUCUCACCACUAAGUUGAGACCAGUAUAUGAUGCAUCUGCAAAAGAUAAAAAUGGUAAGUCAUUAAAUGCUUGUUUAGAAAAAGGUAUGAAUUUUAUUGAUAAAAUACCUGAUUUGUUAAUUGGAUUCCGCAAGGGUUUGAUAGGUGUUUCUGCUGACAUAGCAAAGGCCUUUCUACAAAUUUCAAUAAACCCAGAUGAUAGAGACAACCUUAGAUUCCUAUGGUGGAAAGACUUCGAGAGACGUGAGAUUAUAGAGUACAGACAUUGUAGAGUAGUUUUUGGUCUGACUUCGAGCCCAUUCUUACUGUCAGCAACAAUUCAACACCACCUGGAACAGAUAAGAGGUAAGUAUAAAGAGACAGCGGAUAUAUUAGCUAGCUCCUUCUAUGUUGAUAAUUUAGUAAUAAGCCAAGACACAGAAGAAGCAACAUUAAACUUCAUUAAUGAGGCAAAAGAGAUAAUGCAAGAAGCGAAGUUCGAUUUGAGACAGUGGGUUACUUCUCCCCUGAAAAUUAAUGAAACUGAAAAAAGGGUAAUUUCAGUUUUAGGUAUAAUGUGGGAUACUGUCACUGAUGAACUUUUAUGCAACCUUCAAACAUUACCCCAUCCAUCACAGAUAGGUAAAUUAACUAAACGAAGUAUCCUAUCAUUAACACAAAGAAUUUUCGACCCUAUAGGAAUUCUAUGCCCUAUAACACUAGUUCCACGAUUAAUAUUGCAGGAGAUAUGGAACAAAAAAUUAGCAUGGGAUGAUGAGCUGCCCUCCAAUAUUGAAACUCAAUUUCACGAAUGGUAUGAUAAUAUGUAUUUACUGGAAAAUUGCAGAAUACCAAGAAGUCUGUCAACCGAACCGCUACAGGAAUGCAGUGAUGUGAGUCUCCAUUUGUUCGUUGAUGCAAGCAAAGAUGGAUAUGCUGCUUGUGUUUUCUUGAGAACUGUGGAUAGCAAAGGCCAAGCUAACUGGGCAGAUCUGCCAUCCAGAGGUUGCAACAGUCGCCAACUGCUCGAGAGCAGAUGGUGGGAAGGCCCCCCAUGGCUACGACAACAGGCCGAGCUAUGGCCGCAUUCUGCGCUGGUGGUGGACGAGAAGGAAGCCUGCAAAGAACUCAGGAAAACUGUACAUGUUAAUACAUGUUGUAACGAGGGUAUGACACAGGACUUAUCAUAUUUUUCCAAAUAUUCAAAGAUUGUCAGAGUGACAGCAUGGAUGUUACGAUUUAUUUACAAUACUCACAACAAGAAAGAUAAGAAAAAAGGAGAACUCACCUUUGACGAAUAUGAAGCUGCUGAAAAGAAAUUAUUACAGAUUAUACAAGCAGAAAGCAAAGAUGAUAUACAAAAGCAUAUCAAGAAACUGACUACAUUCAAUGACAAUGAUAACAUACUCAGGAUAAAAACAAAAUUGAUACUUACAGAUUUUCCAGAGGAGGUGAAAACUCCAGCUGUUCUACCAGCAGAAAAUGUUAUCACGCGAAGAUUAGUUGAGCAGAGACAUUUACAACUGCUACAUGCUGGCACCAAUAUUAUGAUAACAGAUCUGAGGAAACGAUUUUGGAUCGUAGGUAUAAGGAGAUUAGUAAAAUCGGUCAUAGACAAAUGUGUGAUAUGCAGAAGACAUAGAGCAAAAGCUACUCAAGUAUCCACGGCACCAUUACCUAUUGAGAGAAUACAACCCCUAGCACCUUUUGAGGUAACAGGAGUAGAUCUAGCAGGCCCGAUAUAUCUGCGCGGCGAUCUUAAGAGCUGGAUUGUGAUAUAUACAUGUGCCGUAUAUAGAGCGAUACAUUUAGAACUGACACUAUCAUUGUCAACGGAUGCCUUCAUCAGAACUUUUCGCAGAUUUAUCGCUAGACGAGGCCGCCCUAAUCUUAUGAUUUCAGACAAUGGGACGAACUUUACGGGCACCAAGAAUCUGCUGACUAACUUGGACUGGGAUGAAGUGCAACGCGUGUCAUCUAUAAUGCGUAUAAAAUGGAAGUUAAACAGUCCUACUGCUGCAUGGUGGGGAGGAUUUUUUGAACGCAUGAUAAAAAUCGUAAAAAAUAUUUUGAGACGUGUUUUAGGUAUGUCUACUGUCUCCUACGAUGAAAUGGAAACCCUUCUCUGCGACUGCGAGUCUGUGGUGAACGACCGACCGCUCACAUAUGUCGAGGCGGACGACGCUGACGCACUUGAGCCGUUGCGGCCGUCAUGUUUCAUACAACCUUUACCGCAAUCGCAGGUAACCGAUUUUGAUAUUUUAGAUGCAAAAAGCAUGAACCAUCGCCUGAGAUAUCUGCACAAAAUACGGGGUGAACUCCGUACAAGAUUUAAUAACGAGUACCUGACUGAACUCGUCCAAAGAGGAAGAGAGAAGUGCGGCGGUAUAAAGGUUGGAGAUGUAGUUUUGGUUGAGUCGGAAGAGAGGAGGGUAAAAUGGCCACUUGGUUUAGUUGUCCAGGUUUACACAGGUAAGGAUGGAGUGGACAGGACUGCUAAGGUUAAAACAAUGGCUGGGUUUAAAGUACGCCCUUUCCAAAGGUUGUACCAAUUGGAACUUUCUUCUUCUGAGGUGGAAGAGAGACAAGAAGUCGCAGACGGACACAACUCAUUAGGUAAGCAAUAUUAUAUUGUUUUAAACCCUAGCAGCACAGUUAGCAACAAGAGAGCUGCGGUUGCAGAGCUGGAUGACGGGCCGACCAUCAGACAGAAGGCAGUCACGGCAACCAGACUUGGCCGAAUUAUUAAAUUGCCAAGCAAGUAUAGUAUUUAAUUUUUCCUUUACAUAUUUUACUGUCCAUAUUGUAAUCUGUUGUGAAACAAAUUUUGCUGUCUGUCAAUAUGAUUUGGUUAUAUUUUAAUACAAUAAGGUUGUAACAUGGUUAAGUAAUUUGUCAGGUGACAAAGUUUGAAUGAGGACUUGUUUUAAGUGUAUAAGAAUUCAGAGGCUGACUA